UCCUAGAUCCAGUGACGACUGAGAAACGUAGGUCUGAAUGUGUGUGACCGACAUGCUGGAGUUUGCGAAGAAUGCAACGAGUCUUGUUACAGAGUGUGAAGCAUAUUCUGGUCGCGCAGUCCUCGAGUGCCCAAAAUUACCCUUCGUUGUAUGUUUAGCGAAAAGGUAAAGCAAAGAACUCCUCCGGCAAAUCUCGCACACACAAACAACCUUUCUUUUCACUGUCGUGCAAACCCACCGACCAGGGCCAUUCUUUUCAAGCCAGCUUGUAGCUGAUUGGCUUCCACAACAUCACCUCCAGAUCCUUCUCAAGCGAUUCCCUAGGUCCCCGAAUCCCUUUUACAGAAGUCCCUGUCGUCGGUUCAAGUCCCAAGGACACCCUGAACACUCGUUCGGUCAGCAGGUCCAUUUCUCUCGCGCACAGGCCUCCUUGCCGUCUAGCUCGCGGAUUUUCAGAUCGAAUCGGCGAUCACGUGAGUUCCCGACGGGAAUUCCUCUUGACUCUAAGUACAGGGAUUGGUCGGAGACUGGAACAACCUCCGUACUAGUUGUAUCCCCAGCUCCACAUGAUGGCUUCCGCCACAUCAGCGCUCCAUCUCUCCCCCAUCGCCACCACCACGGCACAUCUCCGCCCCUCCCCCUCUUCCUCCACCUCCCCCGCCUCCGCCGCCGCUCUCUGCUCAGCCUUCCGCCCAGUCCUUCCUGUCCGCUUCCGCCACAGUAGCCAUCGCCCGGUUGCGGCUGUGACUGUAUCGAAGGCACCAUAUCGCAGUCGAACGGUGCGCUGCCAGGCUGCUAGCGGUGGCGAUGCAGCAGCACCAUCACCAUCAGCAGCACCCGCACCUUCCUCACUAGAACCAGCAGCGGCGGCUGAAGCGAAGGGGCACGCGUUCAUCCAUGACUUCUGCUUCGGCAUCACAUUCGGCAUGGCAGCGGCAGUAGCAGGCAUUGUGUGGUUUCUCGUCACCAAGAGCGCAGACGCCCUGCGGCUCACAGCGCUGUUUGGCGCCACCAUCGCAUUGGGGGGCGUGGGCAGCCUGAGGGCGUGGCGCAAGGGGCAGUCCAGCACACCGUACAUUCUCGGGCAAGCAAUGCUCUGUGCUGUCUUGGCAUACCAAGCCUUCUUGCGCCUGCAAGUGACUGGUGCCGUUUUCCCUCUGGGUCUUGGAAUGGCAGUCAGUGCUGCGAUGGUGCUGUUCUACAUCUAUGUCAUCCUGGCAGGGGGCAAUCCCCCUCCCAAGAAGAAGGCAGUAACCGCUGCUUAGGGAUAGCAGGCUCGGGGGAAACAUAGGGUUUGGACUCUCCAGCGGCAUAUGGAAUUGCAUGCAAUUCUUUAGUUUUGCCAGUUACGCAAAACUCUAGUAGUUUCGUACAAUUACAGCGGUGCUAUUUCCCCUGUUACUAGCAAUCGGUGUCCCGUACAUAUGGGGGAAGUAUGUGAGGAAUAUGAGCAGCAUAGCACAACCGCUAGCUGCCGUCCACCUUGUUGGCUUGCUGUCGCUGGUUGGUACUGAACGUCCUUACUGCCACUGGCUCGCUGUUAUGAAUUAAUCAGAGUAAUAACA